AUGGAUCCCACGACGCCCGUAAACGUUGCAAAAGGAGCCGCUGCUACAUGCGAGUUCGUUCUCCAGCUUGUCGUGCACCUUUCCAAUUUGCUGACCGCAUCAAUAGCCGUUGUAGCGGGGACAUUUGCUGCCCUUCACGGUCUCUACCGCGGCACGCGUCACCCAGGGCCGCUCGCGCUAUCUGCGGGAGCUAAUGGCGGGAUAGCUGGAGCUAUCUUUUUCGGCAUCCGCGAAGUUGUUGUCGUUCCUCUGCUGGGGGCAACACUACGGCGAAACGAGCACGCUCAGGCGACCCCAAGUCUGGAAGGAGCCCCGCAGCAACCCUCGUGGGCGCAAUUGCGAAUACAUGGCCUGCUCGAUUCAGCAGCGAGCGGUGCCCUGACCGGCGCAAUCAUCAACAAGUGGAGGAACGGCAACGUACUCGCCGGUGCACGCACCGCGGGCCUCGUGUGCGCACUCGUUCAGUUGGGCUAUAACGAGCUCGGCGUGACGAGAAUCAAGUUCGUUACUCGCAAGAUCGAGGAGGCGGCCAUGCCCGCGCCAGCACCAGCCAUACCAGAAGCCACGGAUACACCGAAAAUGACGUUCUUUGACCACGCUCUGAGUCUCAUAGGCUUCCGGAAGCUCUCAGAAGAGGAAUAUGUGAAAGUCCUCAAGAAACAGCGAGACGAGGCAUUGGAGCGGAUAGCGAUUUUGGAGAGGGAACGUGCGGAGGAGCAGGCGCACGAGUCGACCACGGAAUCCAGUCCAGAUACCGCAUAA